UACUGCUGUUGAAUAUCUUCGGAGUUUAACUUGUGGUUUUCAAGGUUUUGAUCCCAAAGUUUGUUGUGUUCUAAAUCUUAACCUUUCGACAGAAAAGGGAAAUGUACAACUUAAUGAAUCAUUAGGGCAGGACAAUAGUGAUAACCAGACAAUCAUAAAUGAAAAAGAAGAAUUUUAUACAAAUCUGAACAAUGAUAAUUUUACAAUAAGUUUGAAUAACACUAGUAAUUUGGAAAAUAAUAUUACCAUGGAAGACAGCAUUCGAGUUGGUCAGUUUGGUUAUUAUAAUAAUAUAAGAAAUAGGCCAAACUGGAAUAGGGUCACAAACAAAUCAACAGUAACGACUUUUCAAUUUGAAAGUAUUAAGCAAUCAAAAUUACCAUUACAAACUGCAUGUGGGUUAACAAAAGUAACACGAGAUAAAAUAAUGGGUGGAUCUCCACCAUUAUUAGGAGAUUGGCCAUGGAUGGUAGCAUUAGGAUAUUGGGAUGAAAGGAAACCACAUAUUCCCAUUCAAUGGAUGUGUGGUGGUACUUUGAUAUCUGAUAGAUUUGUGGUAACAGCAGCUCAUUGUACUGGCAGUGUAGGUGGUCGAAAACUAACUAUAGCACGACUGGGUGAACUAAAUUUAGAUCCAUUUAUUGAUGAUGGAGCUUCACCCCAAGAUAUUUCAGUAAUUAAAAUAAUCCCUCACGAAUCGUAUAAUAGUAAACAAAUUACGAACGAUAUUGCUUUACUUAAGCUGGAACGAUCAGUUCAAUUUAAUGCUAACAUUCAACCAAUUUGCUUACCAAUGGAUACAAAAAUGAGAUCCAAAACAUUUGUAAAAUAUUCACCAACUGUUAUUGGCUAUGGCGCGACAAGUUUUCGAGGACCUACAAGUACAGCAUUAUUAGAAGUUGUAGUUCCAGUUUUAGAUAAUUUAGAAUGUAAACGUGCAUUUAAAAACUCUCCAGCAACAAUUGAUGAAAAAAUUGUUUGUGCAGGUCAUUUAAAUGGUGGAAAAGAUUCAUGUCAGGGUGAUUCUGGUGGUCCGCUGAUGAUACCUAAUGGAAAACAGUUCUAUUUAAUUGGUGUUGUCUCCUUUGGAUAUAAAUGUGGAGAACCUGGCUACCCAGGAGUGUACACUAGAGUUACACAGUUUGUUGAUUGGAUAUCAAAUACAAUUAACAAAAAUUAAAACAAUAAUAUUCAUCAAGUUUUUUAAAUGAAUUAAAAUCAUCUAAUUAGAAACAAAUUUGUUUUAUUAUUAAGAUUAUAAAUAAUUAAAUAAUUUAGUGAGAUAUGAAAUAAAUUAAAAUAAGUUAUUA